UCUCCUCUCCCAGCCAUGCGCGCUUUGUGCUCUCCCGCCACUUCCGGCGGCGCCUCGCUCCCGGCGCUCACUUCCGCUUCCGCCACCUCCUCCUCGCUGCUGCCGCCGAGCCCGGGAGAACCGCGCGCGCUCGGGACUCUUCCGGUCUCACUUCCGCUUCCGGUCGGGUGGCCAGGCCGGCUGAGGGGAGCGAAGCGGCGGCGGCGGCUCCGGGCCCUGCUCGGCUCCCGGAGCCCGCUCCUCUCCCUCCCUCUGCCUUCACACCGCCCUUCGCCGCCGCCGCGCUUCUCCCCGUGCUCGGUUGUGCCGCUGCCCGGGGCCGAGGCGGUGGCACUGCCCCCGAUGAGGAUGGAGGCCCGGGAGGCGGCGCGGGCCCGGCCCGGCCCGGCCUUCAAGGGCUUGGGCACCGAGAGUAAGUUUUUCCCCCCCAAACUCAGCAGCUUCUGCUGCCCUGCCGGGAACUCCUCCUGCUCCCUCAGCUACGCCCCAGAAAUUCCCGAAAGGUUCCCGGGAGCCAACGGGCAGUGGAGGAGCUCCAAGCCCCGGGGGAGCCGAGGCUCCUUCCUGGAGACCCGCAAAAAUUCCAGCGGGAAUUGCGGCACUUUUGGGGGAAAAGGUUCCCUCCACGGAGCCUCCUUCCCCCUGAAGCCGGCCCAGAGCCCCUCCUGGAGCCGCCGCAGCCCCAAGAAGGCCCCGCGGCGCUUCCUGAGCGCGGCCGAGGAGACGGUGCGGGAGGAGGAGCGGGAGAUUUACCGGCAGCUGCUGCAGAUGGUGACCGGGAAGAGAUUCUCCAGCUGCAAACCCUCCCCGCUGCUCCCCUUCCACCUCUCCCGCUGUUCCCGUUCCGGCCCCUCCCUGUCCCAAGAGGUUCCCAGGGAUGAUCCCGAGGCGCUGGAAACUCCAAAAAUUCCGGGUCCUGUUCCACAUCCUCCAGAGCCACCCAGGAAUUCCCAAAAUUCCCCCCUGGGUCCCUUCCCAGGCUUUCCUGGGGGGUUCCAGCCCCGGAAUUCCACGGCCUCGCAGCAGCGGGAGGAGGAGCCCGUGGCCAGGGUGGAGAGUGAAGGGUCAGAUUCUGUCAUUUUGCUCAAGGUGAAGGAUUCCAGAACUCCAGCUCCAAGCCUCCCCUUUUUCCAGGCUGAGCUAUGGAUCAAAGAGCUGACAAGUGUCUACGAUUCCCGGGCCAGGGAGAGGUGGAGACAAAUCGAGGAGCAGAAAGCCUUGGCCCUGCAGCUCCAGAGCCAGCGUCUCCAGGAGCGGGAGCGCUCCGUGCAGGACCUGGUGGAUCUGCACCUGCGCGUGCCCCUGGAGAAGGAGAUCCCGGUGUCCGUGGGGCCGGAGGAACCGGAGCCAGCCCGGCCCGGCCAGGGCGACGAGGAAUUCCCGGAGAUCACCGAGGAAAUGGAGAAGGAAAUCAAGAGCCUCUUCCGAGGAGGGAACCAGGACGAGGUGCUGAGCGAAGCUUUCCGCCUGACCAUCACCAGGAAGGACAUCCAGACCCUCAACAACCUCAACUGGCUCAACGACGAGAUCAUCAAUUUCUACAUGAAUUUACUGAUGGAGAGGAGCAAGGAGAAGGAUUUGCCUGCCGUCCAUGCCUUCAACACCUUUUUCUUCACCAAAUUAAAGACUGCAGGCUACCAGGCUGUGAAAAGAUGGACAAAAAAAGUGGAUAUUUUCUCCGUGGAUCUGCUCCUGGUGCCCAUCCACCUGGGAGUGCACUGGUGCCUGGCUGUCGUGGAUUUCAGGAAAAAAACCAUCACCUACUACGAUUCCAUGGGAGGGAUCAACAGUGAGGCCUGCAGGAUCCUGCUGCAGUACCUGAAACAAGAAAGUUUGGACAAGAAAAGGAAGGAAUUCGACACCAAUGGAUGGGCCCUGCUGAGCAAGAAGAGCCAGGAGAUCCCGCAGCAGAUGAACGGCAGCGACUGCGGGAUGUUCGCCUGCAGAUACGCCGAGUGCAUCUCCAAGGACAAACCCAUCAACUUCACCCAGCAACACAUGCCUUACUUCCGGAAGAGGAUGGCCUGGGAAAUCCUGCACAGAAAGCUCCUCUGAUGCCAGAAAAAUCCUGAAAUUCCAUGGAUUUGGAUCACAAGAAUCCCGGGAUUCUCCUCGGGACACCGCUGAGGAACUCCGGGUCCUGCUCUUCCCAAACCUUCCCCUGGAUUUGGGGGGAAUAGAAAAGUUUGGAAGCACAGCUGGGAUUUUUUGGAGUUUUUUCCCCUCUUCUGAGAUUGCAGGAUGGAUUUGCCUGCUUUUCCAUCUGCUGGGAUGGGGUAAUUUGGGAAUUUUGGGCUUUUUGGAGCUGGAUUUUCAGGGAAAGGGAGGCACCUCCACGGAUUUGGG